CAAUCAUCUUUCUGGAUGUGAUACGAGUGCGUGUACUGGUAAGGUGCAAUUAGGUUGCGUCAUAUGGCUCUUCAUUAAAAGCCUUUUUGUUCCAUCACAUAGUAGAGUUCUCUACUUCGCGUAUCGUCACCAUGUCGUUCGUGGAUCCCCUCUGGGAAUUUGUUCUCGAGGACUACGAAGAGGAAGACAAUGGCUGGGGUCGUCGAAGGUCGAACCGGAAAAAGAAAGAAGCUGCCAGGAACGAAGGGAGCUACUUUAAUUUUUUUGGAGGUGACUCAGAUCAGAAGAAGUCGCGGAAGGCAUAUCAGUCUGAUGAUAGGAACGAUGCUGAUGUAUCAGGAAGACGAGAAUUAAGCAAAGUCAAUCUUACUCGUAACGACUCGAGAGGUUCAGCAUCGAGUUGGGGUAGAAAAUCUAAAAUCAGUAGUUCCAAAAGUAGCAAAAAAUACAGCAACGACGGAAAAGAUGGCUUUUGGGACGUGAUAACGGGUGCUCCACCUGCAGCUACAAUACAAAAGAACAACGCACGAAAGUCAUCACCUAACAAGAACAGCAAAAAUCGUGUUUUGCGAAAGAAAAAUGCAUCAGAAUCGAUUAAGAGAAGUCAAUCCAAUGUGUUGGGAAAUAGUCAACCAAAGCCAUUGGUACGAACUUCUUCUACGAAAUCUGAGAAGAGCAAAAGUGGGUUUAAGAAACGCUUCAGACGGAAUCAAAGCACAAAGUCAUCGGAGAAAAAUCGAGUUUCAAAACCUGAAGUGAAACAGACAAUCCCAAACAAGCCACCGCAGAGCGCCAAACUUCCUGAUGAUGACGGAUUUUAUCCCAUUGAUUUCUUUCACCACAUUGCUGAUUCUCUAGAUCCAUGGAUUGUUGAUUCGUCGGUAGCGUCCUCCUCGGAAGAAUCUUCCAUUACUAUUGACGACGACGAGGAUACUAGAUCCUACACUUCGUCACAAGUACAGAACGAAGACGGAGUGGUUGCAAAAUCUGAAAGCCGUUCCUCGGUGCGUGCAAGGGACGAGAAAUCGAAUUACAAACUAGAAUCACUAUUAGAUCAACCACUGCCCGAUUCCAAAUCAGCCAAACCGAAAGGGAACACGCAUCAUCAAAAGCAAUCGACAAAAGAAGAAACUGGCGUAACAGAGAUAAGGCUGAGAGUCAAUCCUGGUGGCAACACACUUUCAGAACAGGUAAUCAAGGCAAACCCGAAUUUGUACUAUAGUUUUCCAGAAGACGCACAAAAGUUCUUGCACAAAGACGAUGUUUCGUCAAAAUCGAGACCAUCCUUCGAUGCUUCUGAAAGUGAUAACUCCUCAGUUGUGUCGAGGAUAAAGCAGCACUUGAAAAUUAAACCGAAACAACCGCGUGUUGUUAAAGACAGGGACAGCAGGAAAAUUGCCAAGGACAGUAUUAGACCUACUUCUAAGGAGAUGAAGCCUCCAACGGCUGUUCAUAUUCAGAAGAAACCUGAGGCGAGAGACGACUGGGAAGACAUUGAACAUCAGAAGAAGUGCCAACUUUGGAAGAGAGGCAGCUGCAACUCAGAGAGAACCUGUAAAAACGACUCAACCAAUCUUUUCGGAAAAGCCGACGAAACGGAAGUCUUUCCGACUUCGCGGGUCGUAGUAAAUGGACAAAUACACUCUGUCAUGGGUCCUGGAUCUGAUCCGUUCAAUGGAGUUACAAGUGUUUCCCCUAAUCGCUUAACCAAUUCAGAAGGUCCGCAGUCAGUUUUUGCGUAUGACUAUGACAGCAAUGAAAAUAUGGAUGUCAGUUACAAGAAACCAAAUCAAAAACCGCGUGAUAGUAUUGCUGUGAGAAAUCUGGGUGCUCCUCCAGCAUUAUCUCUAGUUGGAGAAAAUGUUGUAAUUCAAGUCGAGGUAUGCUGAGUAAUAAUCGUCAUGUCAAACAAUUUGCGGACUCCACAAUUCAUUUCUGUGUCUCACCCGAAAUUUGCUUUCAUUCUUUUCAAGGCUUCAACUGUGUCUGAGACAGACUGUAUUAUUCGGCAAGGGCUUUGGUGGCGCACGCAGCCUUCAUUUCCCAACA